AUGAGUUUCCAAUAUCAGCUUCCGAUUAGCCUAGUUGCCUGGCUAGCGUUACUAAAGACAGCCCUUAUUUCCCUUGGAUCUUGGAAUAAGGAACCAUUCCUAAUGCCCCAUUCAAGGGAGCUAUCGCCUGAGGAACUAGCUGGACCUUUUGGAAAGAUAUGCUUUACCUGGAUCUACCCUAUCCUUAGAAAAGGCUAUACACGUAUUUUAAAGCCGCUAGAUAUUCCUGACCUAGAGAGAAGAUUGAGCUUGGAACACCUACGGACGGGUAUUCUUCGAGCCUGGGACCAAAGGAGGAAGCCAGAAACCACAUUCACAUUACCGGUAACAUUGCUACGAUUUACGAGAGGGCCAUUUAUAUUAGCGAUUAUUCCUCGGCUAUUCCUGAUCCUCUUCCGAUAUUGCCAGCCGGUUUUAAUCAAUGCCACCGUUCGGUUUGUUAAGAAUCAGAGCGAAAACCAAAAUGAUCCCAACUAUGGCUAUUGGCUGAUUGUUAUGGCUGGUACGAUUUAUUUUGGACUGGCGGGAAGUAUUGACAUCCUAGAUAUCAGUACCGCGGUGUACCACCAUCAGCUAAACCGGCUACAAAUCAUGUUUCGCGGCACUCUAAUUGCACUCCUUCACCAUAGAGCGCUUCAUGUUGGAAGCAGACACCAUGACAACGGCGGACCGAUAACUCUCAUGAGUGUUGACGUAGAGGCUCUAAGCACACUUGGGGAUAUGCUACACGAAACAUGGGCCUACUGUUUGGAGGUAAUCAUCGGUACAACCCUGUUAGCCGGUCUAACCGGCUGGUUGUGCUUGGUUCCACUAGUCGGAGUAUGCUGCUCAUCCGGGAUGAGCGCGUACGUAGCAUGCCAUUUGCAACCGCGGCAGCGAAAUUGGAACGCCGCCACGCAGAAACGGAUGGCAGUCACGACAAGCCUGCUUCAAUCUGUCAAAAGUAUGAAGAUGCUUGGUAUCUCUGAGUCUGUUAAGACGCUACUGUUUGGUCUCCGAGCCAAGGAAAUACAAGCUUCGAUACGAUUGCGAUGGGUGAUGUUUGCAUACAAUGCUAGUGCCAACGCCCUAGGCAUGUUUACACCAGUGAUAACAUUGGUAUUUUAUGUACUUUUCACAAGAUCCAAAUCUGAUGGAGUCCUCCCCGCGGAAACAGCUUUCACAUCUAUAGCUCUGCUCGCUAUGGUUACCCACCCUGCAAAUAUGGUGAUGACUAUUGUUCCUCGCAUCAUUGCAUCGCUGGCAAACUCUGAAAGAAUUACAAAUUACUUGAUACGCGGUACAAACGAAGACCGCCGAUUAGACAUACGGGAGGCUCAGGUCGGCUCGGACAUUACGGAAACUGAAGAGCGGGUAGCCAUCUUUCUAGCCGAUGUGACCAUUCAAUAUCCGCAGACAUCUAAGCCAACAUUGAAGCAGCUUAACUUUAAAAUCACCAGCGGUUCAAUUAUUAUGUGCGCAGGCCCCGUUGGGUCAGGCAAAACAACUUUAGCUCGGGCGCUACUCGGGGAAAUGUCUCCCUCCAGUGGUGCGAUUUACACGUCCUCUAAGCGCAUCGGCGUAUGUGCCCAGGAGCCAUGGCUACCAAGUGGCAGUAUCAAGGAGGUUAUAUGUGGUGGCCUUCGGAUUGACAAAACUUGGUACGAGCAGGUUUUGCUUGCUUCUGACCUGGUAAAAGAUCUAGGUGCCCUACCAGAUGGCGAUGGUACCGAGAUCAAGUACCCGGGUCUCAAUCUGUCUGGUGGCCAGCGACAACGUGUGGCUCUUGCCCGUGUUUUGUACGCUAGAUGUGAGAUCGUAAUUCUUGACGACAUCUUCCGAGCUCUGGACGGCAAAACAGAGGAGGCUAUCGUUCAUAACCUGUUAGGUCCCGACGGCAUCUUUCGAAAACAUGGUACAACAGCAAUAGUUAUAACUAACUCUGCCCAAUACUUCCCGCUAGUAGAUCAUAUUCUAGUACUAUCGGACGCUAAAGUUCAGCUACAAGGCUCCUGGGAUGAGCUACAGCACGAUACCCAACAAAUAUCCAAAUUCAUGCCCGAUGAGCCAGAAUAUAGAGAUAUCUUACAGGAGGCCGAAGGCCGAGUUGGCGGUAACACACAGGAAUGCUCCAGGGUUGAUGCAGCCCAAGAUUUAAUACGACAGAGUGGGGACUUACAGCUCUAUGCGUACUACCUCAAUGCAAUGGGCGUUUGGAAUGGUCUUUUCAUGUUGAUUUGCACUGCAUCAUAUUCCUUCUUUAUAACCUUUUCUCAGUACUGGCUAAAGUGGUGGGCCGAAGCCGGUGAGGAGAAGGCAGCAUAUUACAUGGGGGGCUAUCUGAUAUUAGCUUUGGUAGCCUGGAUUUCUACUAACGGUACUAUGUGGUCCACGAGUAUGAGGAUCUCUCCAAAGUCAGGCGCUGCUUUACAUAGCCGGCUGUUAGACUCUAUAGUCGGGGCUCCACUAUCGUACUUCUCAGACAAUAAUAUCGGAGUCAUUCUAACUCGGUUUGCAGAGGAUAUCCAGCUCGUAGACCGUCAAUUACCAAAUGCGUUUCAGGUUCUGGGCACUCAGGUUUUCAAGCUCUUGGUGCAGGCAGCAAUACUCUUUGUCGUUAAUCCGACGAUGGCUGUCACACUACCCAUUUGCUUGGCUGUUGUUUACUUUGUGCAGAGAGUCUACUUGCGGACAUCGAGGCAGCUCCGUUUUCUCGAGAUCGAGUCAAAGUCGGCUCUCUAUUCGAACUUUGUCGAAAUGGUCGAUGGCCUUGGCACAAUACGUGCUCUGCGAUGGCAGCAGAAGUAUACUAGCGACAUAGUUGGUAUGAUCGAUUCUUCACAAAAACCGACAUAUUUACUCUUUUGCCUUCAACGAUGGUUGAACCUUGUUCUUGACCUCUUAAUCGCCGUGGUCGCGCUGGGUCUCGUAGCUCUAGCCGUGACAUCCCAGGGGACAGAGAGAGCAACGGCCGUGGGUCUAUCUCUUAAUAUGAUCAUCCUUGCCAAUUCAACCCUGCUCCGGCUUGUCGAGGCAUGGACUUCAUUAGAGGUCUCUCUUGGAGCAAUUGCGCGGUUGCGUUCCGUUGUGACGGAGACACCUCAGGAAGAAAAUACUGGUGAACAGAAUUUGUCUCCACCAGUUAAUUGGCCGGUCUCUGGGGGUAUUGUUGUACGUGAUCUGGAGGCUUCUCCGCCAAAACUUGCGCUCGAGAACAUCUCCCUUAAGGUUAAUGCCGGACAGAAGCUUUUCAUAUGCGGUAGAACUGGGAGCGGAAAGAGUACAUUGUUACUUGCCUUCCUUCGUCUGCUGGACCUCCCGCACGGAUCGGUGACGAUUGACAACAUCACCACUUCCAAAAUCUCCAAGACAUAUCUCCGCCGUCACUGCUUCAUCACCGUGCCACAAGACCCUUUCAUCCUGGCAGCAGCUACUCUUCGUUUCAACCUUGACCCAGACGAAUGUCUCCCAGAUGCGACGCUGAUAGAAGUACUAAAGAAGACAAGACUUUGGGAGCAUUUCUGUCAUUUCUCGAAAUUUAACCACCAAAGACCUUCUGCAGCCGAACCUCUGCUAGACCUUCCGAUGUCCUCACUCCCACCACUUUCGGCAGGACAACAGCAACUGCUUUCACUGUCACGCGCACUUGCUCACAGAAGGGCUUCCACAGAUUCUAGAUACUCUGACCUUCAGACACAGGUUGCUGUAGCAGAACGCAGACCUAUCCUUCUUCUGGAUGAAGCUACGUCCGCGCUCGACCCCGGCACCGAAGCGGUUAUGCAAGAUAUUAUAGAGGAUGAAUUUACUCAGAAAGGAUACACGGUGAUUAUUGUCGCUCAUCGACUCAGUGGUAUGGUUAAAUAUUUCCGGGACGAUAUCGACGCGGUGACCUGGAUGAGUGAAGGGAGGACUGAGAUAGUUGUGCAUACACAAGCUGCUGCAGGCCUUGUGCAAGAAGAUAGACAAGGCAGAGGACCCAAAAUCUGCACGACAGGGUUACCGUAG